CCCACUGCUAUCAUCUAUAUACUUGUUACAGCGCCGGCCGCCAUCGUGCCAGUGUGAUUGGUACCUCAGUACAAGGCGUUAUACCGUAAAACAAAAUAGGUGUUUUAAUUAUAUUUUAGCUUACUAAUUAACGUUAAUUAGUAAUUAAAUGUCAAGUCCAGAAGAGUGCAAACUUAAGGGUGGACAUCCUCCUGCAGUAAAAGCAGGCGGAAUGAGAAUCACCCAACACAAAACACCGAAAGAAGAUCGGGAAAUAAAACCACUUAAAGAUGUGGAUGAAAGUAAACCAUCGAGUAGUCCACCUAAAACUCUGAUGAUUAGUGGAGUUCCUGCAAAAGGAAAUGCAGAUUUUCCUCCAGAAGCCGUACAAGUCUUCCAUGAAAAACCUGUACCAACUCAUGAUGCACGUCCAGCUCACUGUACACGUCCCAUCAUUAUUCACCAGCCAAGGAAGUGAAUGAUGUGCUUAUUGUUUACAUACAAAUAUAGGCUAUUGUAAAAAACAUUAGCCUAUAUACUUAUCCAUUGAAUAAAAAAAAAAGGAAAAAAAAAAGAAAGAAUGAAUGAUAAUAAAUAUCUAUAUAUAUGUGUACUUAAAAGUUUCUUGGGAUAUAGAUACUUUAUGUAUUUGCAAAUUUCUAAACAUAUUGUUCUUCAUCCAAGAAGCUUUGAUUUCAUAUGAUAUGAAACAGAGUACCUCACGAGAGUUUAUUACUGUUAUUAAAAAAAAGAAAAAAAAAAAGAAUUUAUCUUUAACGCAGCGCCGACGAGAUUCCUGUAUCGGCAUUUAGACAAACUUACUGCAUUUUAUCGAAGCAAUGUAUCAUUCGAGCGCAAUUUUUAGAUUAGAUUGUAACAUGAUAGUGUGCUUUUAAUCUCAAGUUAUAUAAUGAAAUGUUUUUAAUUGUUCUCGGGACCAGUAUUUCAAGUUGUGUAAUAUUGCGAAGGCUAUAUAUUUUUUAAUUUCGUGCAUUUUAUCCUUACUUUUUUUUUUAAAUGUUAAUAAGAAAUUUCAUUAACGUGUACAUCUUAUUAUAUAGUUUUCCACUGCGAUAAAGUAUCACACUACUUAAUAAGCAUAAUUAUUAAAUGCGUAAAUGUCGAACGAGAUUCAUAAUCGUUGGCCACAUCAGUUUGUACGAGACUU